UCAUUCCAGUGCCAGAGACGCGACGGCCGAGAGGCGCACGGUUCCUGCUCCAAGGAUUACCUCGGAUGGAUUUAAUCUAACACAAAACUACGCAGUUUGUCUCUGAAUCAGUCCACUUGCGUGUAAAUUAUACAUGCAGUUUUGCGGGAUAUGAACUGCUCUAGUGGUCUAAAUGUUUUUACCAGCUCCGGUUUUAAUGUGUUUUAUGUGUUUGCGCUCAACAGUGAGGUAGACUUACAGGAGUGCUGGCGUUUCAUUUAACCUAUGAAUGUGGUGGUCGGGGUCGGGGUCGGUUUCUGAGCCCUGCAGGAUCAGCCUGUCAUAGGGCAUCAUGACUUCUCUGGUUUUUCUUAACUGGAUGAGGAAUAUUUCUCCGGAGAUGCUGCUGUUGGUGCCCAUACUGUGGUGUUUACCCCUGACCGGAGCGGCUCCCUCUCAGACUGCCGAGCAGCUGGACAUGGGGGUGGACUGGUUGAGCAAGUUUGGCUACCUCCCACCCCCUGACCCAGUGACUGGUCAGCUUCAGACCAAGGAGGCUUUGACCAAGGCCAUCAAAGCCAUGCAGAAGUUUGGAGGGCUGAAGGAAACCGGAGUCUUCGACCAAGCCACACUGGGUUUAAUGAAAACACCCAGAUGUUCUCUGCCAGAUGUGUCUGAGGCUGAGGGGACAAUGGGCCGCAGGAAACGAAGCUUGAACCCUCAGAGCAAAUGGAAUAAGAGGCAUCUGUCCUGGAGAGUGAGGACGUUCCCUAAGGAUUCAGCCUUACUGGGCAGGGACACUGUUCGAGCACUGAUGUACUACGCCUUGAAGGUCUGGAGUGACAUUGCGCCACUUAACUUCCACGAGGUGGCCGGAAGUGAUGCAGACAUUCAAAUCGACUUCACAAAGGCCGACCACAAUGAUGGCUAUCCUUUUGACGGACCGGGGGGCACUGUGGCGCACGCAUUUUUCCCCGGAGAGAGGUUCACAGCUGGGGAUACACACUUUGAUGAUGACGAGGCCUGGACCUUCAGAUCACCAGACUCACAUGGGAUGGAUCUGUUUGCGGUCGCAGUUCAUGAGUUCGGUCAUGCCAUCGGGCUGGUUCACACCUCAGCCAUCGAGUCCAUCAUGAGACCAUACUACCAGGGUCCUGUAGGAGACCCUCUGAAGUACGACCUACCCUAUGAAGACAAGGUCCGCGUCUGGCAGCUCUACGGUGUCAGAGACUCGGUGUCCCACACCAAUCGACCAGGCAACCCCUCCCCGACAGCUGAACCUCCUGUCCUGCUGGACCUUCCUGAAAACAGAUCAACUCUCCUGCUGGCACGAGAUGCCCCAGACAGAUGCACCAGUCACUUUGAUGCUGUGGCCCAAAUACGAGGGGAGGCCUUCUUUUUCAAAGGUAAGUACUUCUGGAGACUAACUCGAGAGAAACACCUGGUAUCUCUUCGUCCGGCUCAGAUUCAUCGUUUCUGGAGAGGCCUUCCACCCAAUCUGGACAGUGUGGAUGCUGUGUAUGAGAGACCCGGGGAUCAUAAAAUAGUCUUUUUUAAAGGUCUAAAGUACUGGGUAUUUAAAGACAAUAACGUUGAAGAAGGUUACCCUCGUCCAAUCAGUGACUUUGGCCUGCCUUUGGAAGGAGUGGAUGCAGCCUUUGUUUGGCUACACAAUGACAAAACCUACUUCUUCAAGGACAACCGCUACUGGCGCUAUGAUGACCACCUGAGACGUAUGGACUUGGGCUACCCUAAAGACAGUGCGCUUUGGAAGGGGCUGCCACCACACCUAGAUGAUGCCAUGAGGUGGUCUGAUGGCUCGUCCUAUUUCUUUAAGGAGAAGGAGUACUGGCGAGUGCCAGGCAGUGACAUGGAGGUGGAGGCAGGGUACCCUCGCCUCAUCGCAAAAGACUGGCUACUGUGUUCCGAAAUGCAGUCGGACUCUCCAGACACUGAGCCCAAAAGCACAGAGACAAGAAUCAAUGUGCAUCAUCGCCCAGACCAUGCAGAGAAUGGAUACGAGGUGUGCUCCUGUACCUCUGACACCGCCUCACCUUUAGGCACUCGCCCCACCCCAUCUCCCAUCUGGCUGCUGCCACCUCUCUGGACACUGUCUCUGGCCCUCUGCACUGAACUGUCAUGAUGCCAAAGCAAAGGGCAAUGUUUUUAAACUGGGUGCAAAAGAGAGACUCAUUAGUGGAAGGCCAGUGGACACCGAACUGGAAAAUGUAGUUCAUAUAAAUAAAAAUUGCUAUGUUUUGCUAUUAAUUUGCUGUUAUUUAUUUCACAUGCCAUUUUAUGGUUAUCUUAAUUGCCUUGCAGUAUGGGUAGUGCAUAUUAUUAUUAUCAUAUUAUUAUACUAGGGUUUACCUAGUAGCUGUCAAUCCAAUGCAUUUACAGUGACAAUGCUAGUACUGUUCUUUACAGAUUGAAUUACAAAUGCGAUCCACGAUCUCUAUUUUUUAGCUUUUUCUUGAAUGACUAAACUGUCUAUGUAAGAAAAGCUAACUGACAUGUGAGGCUGAUCAAAAAAAAAUUCAACAGCACAAAUGAGGAUUAUUGUUUUCAUGUAUAAGAAGUUUACAUUAAUAAUGAAUGGCAUGCUGGGAUGUGCUCAUAUACUCAUUCACCAUAAAGGCAUAGUUUAACAUUUUUGGGAAAAUUCUUUCUUGCUGAAAGUUUGACGCGCUCAUGUUUGUGCACCAAAUACAAAGCGACAGCUGUUUAGUUUAGUUUAGCAUGAAGACAGGAAACAAGGGGAAACAGUUAGCCUUGGCUUGUCUGAAGUUACAUUAACAGCAAAGUCCACCUACCAGCAUUUGUAAAGCUCACUAAUUACCUCUGCCAAGAAGGUUAUUUUUUACUGCUGUUCUCUGGUUGGUUCACAGCAUAACUCAAAAAGUAAUCAAUGGAUUUUAAUGAAAUGUUUGGAGUGGUAAAGUAUGGCUCACUGAACAAUCCAUUACAGCAUUGUGGUGCUCCAGAUCAUUAUUCCAGUCUAGAAAUUCUUUUUUAAACUGCAUUAUGGGGGAACUGACCUGCCUUGGCGGAGGUUUGCACUCUCUGAGUGCUGUAUAGUAAUCAUGUUUUUACUUGUUUGUUUAAUCCAUGCAUAAACUGGAGCUGUGGUAUUGCCAAAAUUAGGAGCAUCUUGUCUCAAAGUGAUGCUGAAAAACUACAGUAGUUACUUUAUUUUGUUUGUUACUUCUAGGUUGGACUAUUGUAAUUCUUUACUAUCAGGAUGUCCCAGUAACUCCCUAAAAAGCCUCCAAAAUCCUGCAGUGAGAAUCCUGACAGGAUCUGACAAGACAGAUCAUAUUUCUCCCAUGUUAGCUUCUCUCCACUGGCUCCAUGUAAAAUCCAGAGUAAAAUUUAAAAUCCUUCUCCUAGCAUACAAAGUUUUUAAUGAUCAAGCUCUUAAAGACCUCAUACUAUCAUAUUAUCCAAGUAGGACUCUUCACUCUGAGUGCAGGUUUACUUACAGUUCCUAGAGUUUCCAUGCAUUUAUAUGCUACCAGUUCAUGUCACUAACUGUGUGUCUCCUUUUGCCUGUAGUUUGUGCUCUCUCUCUCUCUCUCUCUCUCUUUCUCUCUCGCUUUCUCUCUCUCCCUGUACCUUUCUGCAGGUAUCUCUGGCUCCAGAAUCUUUAGGAUUUGGAUCACUGGGCCCCACUAACCUGUCCAGUGUUUGUUUGUUGUUUAUUGAUACUCUUGUUUUCCCCUCUCCUCUAUCCACUCAGACAGCAGACAGCCCCCCCACCUUGAUCCUGGUUCUGUUGCAGGUUCCUUGUGUUACAGAGUGUUCUGUCUUCCCACUUGCUCAUGCUUGCUCAUGGGGAUUUGCUGGGUUUUUCACUAUAAUACUGUAAGGUGUUGACCUUACUAUGUAAAGUGCCUUGAGAUGACUUUUGCUGUGAUUUGGCACUAUAUAAAUACAACUGAAUUGAAUUAAACAGCGUGGUUUUACAGGUGAUUAUGUGGUGGUAGGCAGAUUUUGUUACCUUUGCACAGAACUGUUUCUCCCUGCUUCUUGUCUUUAUGCAAUGCUAAGUUAACUAGCCUCUGGCUGGGGUGUUGUUUCAUCUCACUUUUGUCAAGAAUAAGUGUAUUCCCCCAAAUGCUGAACUGUUGUUUUAAAUUAUGCCUGAUGAGGUUAAACUUGUGGUCUUGGUUGGCGUUUAGGUGCACAAAUCCUAAAGAAUGAAACAGAAUUUUAAUUCUGAGUCUGAGAGGAAAUGUCACCUGAAAGGCUCCACCCAGGGCAAAUAAUGGCACUGGGGAAUAUAGAUACUAUAGUUAGACAGGUGACUGACACCCUGGCAUGUAUCAAGGCAGAUAGAUGAGAAGUAUCCUGGAAUGUAGUGUAGACAGAUAGUUAGAUUUGCAGAUAAAUGGCUCCAUGGAAUGCUGACAGUAAGACACAUGAAUGCCAUGCUGGGAUGUCGACAGGUAAAUGAAUGACAUUUAGAGCUGCAAACGGGUAGAAAGGUGAAUAACAUCCAACACAGCUUCACGAAGCAAAGGGCGAGCAGGGAUAUAGGAAGAGAGAUGAAUGAUUUCCUGUUAGAAAGUUAAAAUCCCAGACUUUCUUAAUGUUGUUUAAUGUCAUGAUCCUUGCUUAAAUCUGUACUCUCAUGCUAUUUGAGGAACAUGCAUCUCAGUGAAUUCAUCUUUUUCACCCCCAGUACAGACUCAUUCCCUGUCAUUAACAGAAUCAGUAUUGGUUUUGUUGUGUUUUUGGUAAUAAAUAUGGAUAGGUUGUGAUUCCAUAUUGUUUUGAUCUGACUAUAGUUCACAGAGCCUUUUGUUUAUCAGUCCAAUCUCCUGCUGGUGACAGCCAGCAGAUUUAUUCUUGCAGAUAUAUUUACCUACAGUUUAAAUAUAGACACAGAUAUUUGAGUUCCAUGG